AUGAAUAGUUGUGGUAACGCUUAUUGUCAUGGUGGUCCGUGCAGUUGCAAUUUGUAUUACGGUCAUGAAAAUAACAACACUUGUGCAUACUCAAUGUUCUAUAGUACUCAUCAUGAGUAUCAAAAAGAUGAAAAUUAUUCCGAAAACAUGUAUUCCUUCGCUUCUUCUCCUUCUUCUUCUUCGUCUUCAGUUGAUUGUACUCUCUCCUUAGGUACACCUUCCACUCGUCUUAGUACUACCAAUGAUGAAAAGCGAGUUCAUGAGUCGUCAACGACGACUCAUGAACAACGUCGUUCUUCUUCUUACAUGUCAAAAUGUUGGAAUAUUCUACAGAACAAAAAUCAUACUUCAUCGACUCAUCAUCACAAAUCUGGUCGUGGUAGUAACAACGUUAAUUCGGGUAGCAACAACGCUGACCCACUUGUAGCCCGUCGAUGUGCUAAUUGUGACACUACUUCUACACCUUUAUGGAGAAAUGGUCCUAGAGGACCUAAGUCACUUUGUAAUGCGUGUGGGAUUCGAUUUAAAAAAGAAGAGAGGAGAGCUAGUGCAGCAGCCGCGGCUAAUGGUAACGCAGGUGGAAUCGGAAUGGAGAGCAGUACACAACAUACGAUAAACGGAUCGUGGGUUCAUAAUUCACAAGGACAGAAAAUGCCGUGUUACACAUCACCUUAUGGAAAUCAUGAAUUUAGGUUUAUUGAAGAUCAUGAUGAUCGUGAUUCUGAUAAUGCAAUUUCAUUUUGGCCAUUUUUAGCAUCUCAGCAUUGUUGA